AUGAUCAACAAUGUCGGGGUCGGCGUGGGCAAGGCCAAGGAGGUCAGCGAGGCCAUCACCAAGGCUGCCAUGAACGGCCACCGCAAUCUCGUCACAGUGCCGCUCACCAAGUACUCAACAUUGCCUCACAGAGCUGAUGCGGACUUUGGAGCAGCCAGAGUUAUGCUGAGGCCUGCUUGCCCUGGAUCUGGUGCCAUUGCUGGUGGAGCUGUGAGGGUCGUGCUGGAGAUGGCUGGGGUUGAAAAUGCUCUUGGGAAGCAGCUGCGGAGCAAGAACCCCCUGAACAACGCAAGAGCUACCAUCAAGGCGACGCAGAUGAUGAGGCAGUUCAAAGACGUCGCGACGAACGUGGGUCCCAAUGAGGAGCUAUGGAAAUGAUAGAAACACAUUCACACUGAAAACCCUUUUGUAGCAUUCUUUCUCCUUUUGCUGUAUGUUUCUUGAGUUCAUUCUCUCUGCUGUAAUCUAUCAAUGGGAUGGGGAUAAUCCCGGCUCACGAUUUCGUUUCGCAAAUCCCAUCUGGAAUCUGUGAGUAGUGCAUGCCAACAUUUACACCCAAGCUUCA